AUGUACAGUAGCAAGAAGACAUACGAUGGCCCCCCCAACAGCUAUGGCCCCCAUGGAGAUGAUUAUGGGUAUGACAUCCAAUCGCCUCCUCCUGGCUCCUACUAUGUGGAGGAUGUGCCCCAGUACUUCUACAAGUGGAAUUCUCCUCCUGGCGUGGUGAGGAUUUUGGAGGCCACGGGGGUUCUGCUAAGCGUCACCAUCUUUGCUUGUGUGGCGUCCACCUUGGCCUGGGAAUACGGUUAUGGUGUUUACGGUGGCUCGAUGGGCGGGUAUUAUGGUAGCGGAUACGGUGGUGGCAUGGGCUACGGAGGAGGAGGAGGGGGAUACGGCGGUUACGGCGGUUACGGCGGUUACGGCGGUUACGGAGGCUAUGGAGGCAUGACCAACCCUCGGGCUGCCAACGGUUUCAUGAUCGCCAUGUCGGUGCUGGCCUUCAUUACUCUCCUGGCGCUCCUGAUCACCAGCCUCAGCAAGUCCAGCGGGUCACGCUCCAGGAAGUUCUACUUGGUGGUCAUCAUUGUGUGUGCCAUCUUGGCCUUCAUCAUGCUUAUCGCUUCUAUUGUCUACAUCGUGGGGGUCAACCCACGGGCACAGAUGUCCAGCAGCUACUACUACAACCCCAUGCUGGCCGUGUGCAACCAGAUCUACAAUACCGGGUCCUACAUCAACCAGUACAUGUAUCACUACUGCAUCGUUGACCCACAAGAGGCUGUUGCAAUUGUCUGCGGCUUCCUCCUCGUCAUCCUUCUUUGUGUCAUCUGCUUCUUUGCGAGCAAGACGCGGAACAAGAUCUGGAGGUUCGGGAAACCUAACAUUUACUGGGACAAGCCGCCACCUUUCCAGGAGGGACCCAACGUAGAGGAGUGGGUGAAGAACGUUGCUGACGUAGCUAGUACCCACGACGAGACGGCUACUCUGGCUUACUCAGAAAAGCCCACAGCCCCGGUCAGCGCUCCUGCCAGCCCGUACAACUACAGGGGUUCUGCAAAUGGCUACUACCCCACCGAAAACAGAAACAGCACACCUUUACGCACGUCCGCUGACAAUCGCGCCAGGACCUUUAGCACCAGCACCUUAGAAGAGAAGGCCAGAGAGACCCCCAGCAGGCCAUCAGCCCGCAGGGGACGGAGGCGACGGAGGAAUCCGGAACUUGACGAAUCCCAGUAUGAGACAGACUACACCACAGCGAUGGAGUCCAGCGACGAGCAAGAUCAGGACGAAUGGAAAAGCCUGUACCCGCCCAUUACGUCAGACGGGAUCCGGCAGGAAUACAAACAAGAUUUUGCCUCGGACCUCAAGCAUUAUAAGCAGCUGUGCGCGGAGAUGGAUAGCAUCAACGACCAGAUUAACCAGCUCAGCAAACAGCUGGAUCAUUUGCCCGAAGACAGCCUGCAGUACCAGGGAGUGGCGGAGGAAUACAACCGGCUGAAGGAUUUAAAACGCACUCCCGACUACCAGAGCAAGAAGAUGGAAAGCAAGUCCCUUCGAAACAAGCUCUUCCAUAUCAAACGGAUGGUGAGCGAGUAUGACAAAAACAGAGGCUGAAUAACCCAAGGAGAACCGUGGCGCU